AUGGAAAAUGAAAACACAUUGUUCAUGGAUAAUAACUCAGCGCAAAUAGGAAGGCAUCUCCUGUCUUAUGAGGCUGAUGAAAAUAUUGCUAUAGCUGUUUCCACAGAGAGACACUCCGAGUUUAAGUACCACUAUGUGAGGAUGGUCAAGGGACUGAAGAAUUUUUAUAAUUUGGUAAAUGACCAUGGUAUUUAUCAUUCCGAGGUAUGGAAGAGCACACUUGAAGAAAACAAGGUAUUGGUGAUCGUACUGAUCAUAGUAGUGAUUCUGCUGAUCAUUCUUAUCGUGAUAGCACAUAAGAUUGAUAAACCGUACUUCAUCUACGAUGAUACUAUCUACUACGCCACGGGCAACAAUAUCCGAAGCAGACCUGUCGAUGACGGUAUAAGGAACAGAGUAGCAUUGAUCGGACACAUCAACAGCUAUGAGCUGAAUCCUGACGAGCUGACACAAGAAUGCAUGCGCACGAGAUCCGGAAGAAAGGCUUUAGAAUAUACGCCUUCUUGUAAGAGAGUUAUGGAAAAUUUCGAUGAGCCUUGCUACGAAGAAAUGAUGCUGAAAAUCAGGAACAGAUCCGAUUAUAAAGCCGAAAUUUUUGAGAAAAUUCUGGUUCUGAAUGACAAGGAGCAUCUUAUUCGGCCUUUCGAUCUUCCAUCAAAUUUUGAACAAAACCAAUCUGAUGGAUCAUACUAUGAUGACCGUGCGAAAUCAUCAUCAGGACUAACAAACAUGAGACAUACGGAAAAUAACAUGUCCCAUGCAAUAUCCACAUCUAUUUACCCGAGAAGCAUUUAUGAAGCUGGAACAACACCAUCAACCUCACUGGCCUCGUACAGCACAUCAAAUGUUAAAAGCCAUGAUCGUCGGAACAAGCAAUGGAGAGGAAAUGAGGUUGAAAGUAUUCCGAUGCGCACAAUGAAAAUUUCGAUGCCAGGGCCAGCAAAUAACGACGACGAUGAUACGUCGACAUUUACGUCAGUUUCUCAGCAGGGAAACAGGGGAAUGUCACAUUUGAGGUCUAAAUUGAGCAAACAUUUCUCAUCGCACUGGUUGCCUGUAACGAAUAAUGAACAUUCUAGUCAGCGACCAAUGAACGGCUGUCCAUCAAAUCGUGGAAGGGAUUCACCUAUAACUAACACAAGCAGUAACUUGGCUGGUCAUAGUCGCCAAGGUUUGGCAAAAUCGUUACACACACAGCAACCAUUCCUCAAGCAAACAAAGGAUAACCUGAUGAUGAAAUUCCUUGGCACACUGCCGGAUAAGCCUAUCCGUGUCCCUGAAAAUAAUGACGAGGAAAGCUCAAUCUUUACCAAUAGCAGUAAUUCUAACCGCAAAAAUCCAAAAUCACAGCGUUCAUACUGUUGA